UUUUUUUUUUUUCUGUAUACUAUUUUUAUCUCAAUGUCUAUUUAUCCUCCUCUAUCUUCUUCUACUCAAUUGAACCAUAUACGUGCAGAAGCUAUUGAUUGGGCUUUAGCUCAUGGUCUCAUUGUUCGACCUACUACCGAAAAACAACAAUACUUCGAACAUAACGCCGCUGUAACUCAUGCCCCCUUAGCUCUUUAUCCAACUCCAUUUCCACGUGCUGAAUUCUUUAAGGCCAAGGACUUACAAAUACCCUGGAAUACCCUGAUUCAUCGUAUGAGUAAGGAUAACCUCUUAUUAAAAGAACUCAUGGAAACUUUGUCUCAAGUGGAUGACUUUAUGAAACGAUUAUAUGAUAUCUAUCUUCAAGUAAAAACUGAAGGCAUUGCUCAGUCAGCAUCCUUGGGAAUCCAUCGGUGUGAUUAUCUGUUACACGCAGAUCUUGGUGCUGAUGCUCAUACUGCCCGUAUUCAACAAGUAGAAUUCAAUACAAUUGCUUCAAGUUUUGGGAGUUUAAGUACACGAACUACUGAAUUACACAAGUAUCUUCUUUCUUCUAUCGACAAUUACGGUGAAGGACAAAUCACUGCGGAUCAAUUACCUGAUAAUAAUACUGUUGACUCUAUUGCUCAAGGUCUGGCAAGUGCUUGGAAACUCUAUGGAAAAUCAAAUGCUCGUGUAAUGAUGAUUGUUCAACCUGGAGAACGAAAUGCUUUUGAUCAAAGAUGGAUUGAAUAUGCCUUGAUGGAAAAGUACGGUAUUCAUUUAUUACGUCGAUCUUUAGAACAAGUCAUCAACAAUGGCAAGUUGGAUCCUGUGACCAAAGCAUUGACUAUUGAUGGUUAUGAGAUUGCAGUGACAUACUUUCGUGCGGGUUAUGGCCCUGAAGACUAUCCAACAGAAAAGGAAUGGGAAGCACGGUUAACGAUUGAACGAUCACUGUCUAUCAAAUGUCCUACUGUGGCGUAUCAGCUGGUUGGAGCAAAAAAAGUACAACAAGUCUUAUCAGUCCCUGGCCGACUAGAACGAUAUGUAGAUGAUGACGCCACAGCAGAUCAACUCCGUGAAUCAUUUGCAGGAUUAUACCCCUUGGAUGACAGUCUCGAGGGAAAUCAAGCUUACGAAAUGGCCCUCCAGGAUCCUCAACGUUAUGUUCUGAAACCUCAACGUGAAGGUGGUGGCAACAAUGUGUAUGGUGAUGAUAUUGUCUCCGUUUUACAAAAAACCUCAGUACAAGAUCGUAAUGCUUAUAUCUUGAUGGAUUUGAUACGAACUCCUCCUUUGGACAACUUGAUGUUACGUGAAGGUGUGAUUCUGAAUGGACAAGUGGUCAGUGAACUUGGCAUUUAUGGUGUUUAUUUGAAUGAUGGUACAAAUGAAGUAGUGAAUAACAUUGGCGGUCAUUUAUUACGUACUAAAGGGGUAGAAACAAAAGAGGGUGGUGUUGCAGCUGGAUUUGCCGUUAUAGAUAGUCCUUUACUUGUAUGAGUUAUUCAAUAAAUUGUGUUGUAUUUUUAUCAUGUGGGAAA